AUGAAGCCCAUUCUCCUGAGCGCUUUUAUCCCAGCAUUGGCCAGCGCAGCAACAAGCGGUCAAUUCACCGCGCUGACCUUCAAUGUCGCCGGUCUGCCUGAGAUCCUUCAAUCAAACGAUGUCAAUGGCACCAAAACAGAGAAUGCGCAGGAAAUUGGUACCUACUUCUCUGAAUAUGGCUACGAUAUCAUCCAUUUGCAGGAAGACUUCAAUUAUCAUGCCUACAUCUAUGAGACAGAUGACCAUGCCUACCGCACCGCAACAUCAGGAGGCGCAGCAAUCGGAAGUGGUCUCAACACUAUCUCCAACUCCGACUGGAUUGACUUCACACGCGUCAAGUGGAAUAAGUGCUCUGAUGCUUCCGGCUCAGAUUGCUUGACUCCCAAGGGAUUCACCUUCAUGCGCUGGAAUCCUGCCGAUGGCGUGUUCAUCGACUUCUACAACGUCCAUGCCGAUGCUGGCACCGAAGCCGAUGACGAAACAGCCCGCAACUCCAACCUCCAACAAGUAGCGGACUACAUCGACACCUGGUCAACAGGCAACGCAGUCGUCGUAAUGGGUGAUACGAACAGCCGCUACACUCGCGCCGACGACACAGGCGUGCGCGUCUUCAAAUCGCAAAACGACCUCGCAGACCCGUGGGUUGAUCUCGAAAAGAACGGCGUGUACCCGACUGCCGGGGCCGAUGCGCUGAUGUGCGAUAACCCAUCUUCGGUCGAGACAUGCGAGAUUGUGGACAAGAUCCUAUACAGAGGCUCUGAUAUUGUCACUCUGGGAGCGGAGAGUUUCGCCUAUGUUGGCGACAAAUUCACGAACACGAACCCCGAUUACCUGGGUGAUGUUCUUUCGGACCAUGAUCCUAUCCUGGUGAACUUUACCUGGUCGCUUUCUAGUUCGGUGCGGCAGAGUCAGUUCUCGGGCGGUCCUCAUGGGACUUGGUUUAGUGAUUUGCCUAGUUUGCCUUCGUCGCCUGUGGCUUCUGUUGUUACUUUCCGUGGUGCGGAGAGACUUGAUUCUGUUGCUGUGAAGUUGGCUGAUGGGACUGAGUUUGCUCACGGUGGCACUGGGGGUUCGGAAGUUUCUCUUACUCUUGGGCCUGGGGAGUAUUGGACUAAGACUGAGCUUUGCACCGGUCAGUAUGACAGCCAUACUCGGAACUUCUAUAUCAAGGCUACUACCAGUGCGGGUAAUACUCUGGAGGCUGGAACUGCUACUGAUAGCUGUACGACGUUCACUGCCGAUGAUGGGUUUGCUGUUGUUGGUUUCGUCGGACAGACGGGUGACGAGAUCGAUCAAUUGGCUUUGAUCUAUGCUGCCUACUGA